GAAACAAUGGCCGUCGAAAGUUAUUCUGUUCCCAAGGCAGCCGAAUCGCUCCUGCUUGAGGGCAUACUGCAGAAUCCUCUCCUGUGCCAUAACAUUCCCCCAAACGCUGCUGCCCUUGCACAGCAUACGAAGUUCUCUGGAAACGACAAGCCCAGCGUGCCUAUUAAUUGGAGAUUCGCCGAAAGCAUUUCCGCGCUCAAAGGCCUGGAGUCUCUUUGGUUAAAUGCACUUCUAAAGGCCAAGUAUGGACAUGACCCUGUGCAGGUCGGCAUCGAUACAGACCACGCUACCCUGUUCUUUAUGUCUUGCUUGAUUAUAGAUGUUGUGGGUAAAGAUGGGAAACCUGACAAUCCAAACCUUGCUCCCAUGCAGCGCGCCCUGUCUGUCUUUCCCAUGAACUGGGGAGAGAGCCGCGUGUAUCGGGGAGCGGCGACAAACAUAUACAAGACCAAGGACGAUCGCUUCUACCAUGUCCAUGGGAGCAUGAACGCGGUCCCAUCCUUGACAGCUCUGGACCUCCCACUGACGGCAGACUACACCAGCGAGGCUGAUGCCAGUCGCUAUAUUCAAGAUCGCGUCGCCCAGUUCGACUCCAAGGAGCUGGAUACAUUGAUGAACGAGAAGUAUCGCCAAGCAGGGACCAUCUGCUACAGCACAGAGGAGUUUAAAUAUAGCGAACAUGGUAAACAGAACUCGCAAGCUGGCCUAUACGAGCUCCGUCAUGUUCCGAAAGCAAACCAAAAGCCAACCUGGUGGAAGGAUUCGGCAGACACCGGUGUCGCUCGCCCGCUGGCGGGGUUGAAAGUUAUUGACCUGACUCGAGUCAUUGCUGGACCAUCUAUAACAAGAGGCUUAGCAGAGCUUGGUGCCAGUGUGCUCAGAGUAACAGGGCCCGAUAUUGUCGAUCUGGUUCCACUCCAUGGAGACCUCAACUGGGGAAAAUGGAACUGCUCCAUUGAUCUCAAGUCUCCAGAAGGAAAGAAAACAUUGCAGGAUCUCAUCUACGAAGCAGACGUUGUAAUGGACGGGUAUCGGCCUGGAGUAAUGGAGCGGCUUGGUUUUGGGAGAGAGGCAGUUCUGGACCUCGUCAAGGAUCGACCGUACGGUCUUGUCUACGCUCGCGAGAAUUGCUAUGGUUGGCACAGCCCAUGGCAGCACCGCAGUGGCUGGCAGCAGAUCAGCGAUGCAGUCUGCGGUGUUUCUCUUGGAUACGGCAGGGCUAUGGGACUCGAUGAAGCAGUUACCCCCGUCUUCCCAAAUUCUGACUUCUGCACUGGGGUUAUCGGGGUUUGCGGCAUCCUGAAUGGCCUGAUCGAACGAGGCCAAAAGGGAGGAUCAGUAUAUGUCGACAUCGCGUUGAAUUACUACUCCCAGUGGCUGGUUAAUUCAGUCGGGGUCUACCCACCCGCCGUAUGGGAGGAAGUAUGGAACAAGCAUCAAAACCUGACAUUUCGACACAUCCAAGGGAUGACGACCAUGCUCCCCGCUAUGUUGAAGUCGCUGGCACAGAACAGUGGCAAUGUGCUAUUCCGGCCCGAGUUCUUUGAGACUCGUCACUCUGGUGCUGUCGAUCGCUACUUUAAGGCAGUCAGACCGAUCCUGGACUUCCCUGGCAAGGAGGUCAAUCUUUGCUAUAAUGUUGGGACUCGAACAAAUGGUCGCGACGCAGCCAGGUGGCCAGACGACCUGCGUACUGAGGUUAUUGUGUGACAAUUUCAAGCCUCUGCAUCGCUUUCUCCAGGCCGUUAGAUUGCAGAUCACAUCCCGCCAGUAGAUUAUCUAUCUAUAAUUGAAUGGUAUCGAUUAUGGCUUCUGGCUCACUGUAUUG